AUGGGCAAAUACUCCUCUUCUCCGCUGUGGUCUUCGAUCACUCCCAUUCCCCUUGAUGAUGGCGCAAGCUACUCUGGAGACACUGGCACAGGCACGAAUGAAGCCGGCAACGAAACAUAUCCACUUGCCACAAUCACGUACACCGAAGAGUACGCUGAGGCCACAGCCUAUCUGAGAGCCGUGAUGGCUGCCAAUGAAACGUCGGAACGAGCGUUGGACCUCACUGUUGAUGUGAUCAUGAUGAAUCCAGCCCACUAUACCGUGUGGUUAUACCGGGCUAAAAUCAUCAAAGCUCUCGGGAAAGACCAACACGAGGAGAUUGCGUGGCUAAAUAAGAUCUCCCUCAAGCACUUGAAGAACUAUCAAAUCUGCCUCCCAGAAUCAGAGCAGGAUUUUCUCGGCCAGAUGUUUGCUUUGGAUUCCAAGAAUUACCACGUCUGGACAUACCGCCAUUGGCUGGUGCGACAUUUUUGCCUCUGGGACUCUCCCCGUGAACUGAGCGAUGUUGAAGCUUUGAUCGAAUCAGAUGUACUGAAUAACUCAGCGUGGAAUCAUCGCUGGGUGCUGAGAUUCGGCCCGCGUGGAGGGACACCUGACUCCGGGGUACCAAACCCUACCGACCAGGGUGGCAGCCGUGGCCGACUCGAUAUCGCCGACGAAGAUCUCAUCGACGCCGAAAUUGAAUAUGCAAAGAGCAAGAUCGUCAUCGCCCCAGAAAACCGGAGUCCCUGGGUUUAUGCUCGUGCAGUGCUCCGCGCCGCAGGUCGACCUCUGGCGGACCUAAAAGCGUUCGCUUCCAGGUUUGUCAUCGAGGAGAUCAAAGACGACGAGGCAGUUGACUACCAGGUUAAAAGCAGCCUGGCGGUAGAAUGGCUGGCGGAUGUUCUCGCCGAGGAAGCCCAAACGGUCCGAGAGCCGACAAGGACUGCGGAAUGCAAAGUAGAGGCUGUCAAGAUGCUGAAUUUGCUGAAGGAAAAAUACGACCCCAUCCGAAAGCAUUAUUGGGACUAUCGGAUUCAUGCAAUCGAGCGCUAUGAUUGA